UUCCCUCUGUGGGGCCGGCAGGACGGAAACAGCGAUAGGCCGCGGCGCAAGACACUGACGUGUGCAGUGCGCGCCGGAAGCUGCUCGGGUCGAGGCUGUGCCUGUAGUGGGAUCUAGUGGCGGCAGGAGAAAUGGCUGCAGAGGAAUCCCAGCUCCUGUUGAGCUCCAGGGAGCCAAGUGAGCAAUGGCUGGUGCCUGCUGAGAGACUCCUUGCGCCUGACACCUACCUAAGGUAAAUUUUUCCAUAACCUUAUGGAGAAAAAGGACUUUGAAGCAUGGCUUGAUAACAUUUCUGUUACAUUUCUUUCUCUGACGGACUUGCAGAAAAAUGAAACUCUGGAUCACCUGAUUAGCUUGAGUGGAGCAGUCCAGCUCAGGCACCUCUCCAAUAACCUAGAGAUUCUCCUUAAGCGGGACUUCCUCAAACUCCUUCCACUGGAACUCAGUUUUUAUUUGUUAAAAUGGCUUGAUCCUCAGACCUUACUCACAUGUUGCCUCGUGUCAAAGCAGUGGAAUAAGGUUAUAAGUGCCUGCACAGAGGUGUGGCAAACUGCUUGUAAGAACUUGGGUUGGCAGAUAGAUGAUUCUGUUCAGGACCCUCUGCAUUGGAAGAAGGUUUACUUGAAGGCUAUUUUAAGAAUGAAGCAACUGAAGGACCAUGAAGCCUUUGAAACAUCCUCAUUAAUUGGACACAGUGCCAGAGUAUAUGCACUUUACUAUAAAGAUGGACUUCUUUGUACAGGUUCAGAUGACUUGUCUGCAAAGCUGUGGGAUGUAAGCACAGGGCAGUGCAUAUAUGGUAUCCAGACACACACUUGUGCUACAGUGAAGUUUGAUGAGCAAAAGCUUGUAACGGGAUCCUUUGAUAACACAGUAGCCUGUUGGGAAUGGAGCUCAGGGGCCAAGAUCCAACAUUUCAGAGGGCAUACAGGCGCAGUUUUUAGUGUGGACUACAAUGAUGAACUCGAUGUUCUGGUCAGCGGUUCUGCAGACUUCACUUUGAAAGUAUGGGCCUUAUCAACAGGAAUGUGCCUGAAUACACUUACUGGACACACUGAAUGGGUCACAAAGGUGGUUUUGCAGAAGUGUAAAGUCAAAUCUCUCAUGCAUAGUCCUGGGGAUUAUAUACUUUUAAGUGCAGAUAAGUAUGAAAUCAAGAUUUGGCCUAUUGGAAGAGAAAUAAACUGCAAAUGCUUAAAAACCCUGUCCGUAUCGGAAGAUCGCAGCAUCUCACUGCAGCCCAGACUGCACUUCGAUGGUAAAUACAUAGUGUGCAGUUCAGCUCUAGGAUUGUACCAGUGGGACUUUGCCAGCUAUGAUAUUCUCAGGGUCAUCAAGCCUUCUGAUUUUGCAAACUUGUCCUUGCUGGGCUUUGGAGAUAUAUUUGCCCUAUUAUUUGAUAACAAAUAUCUGUAUAUAAUGGACUUGAGGACAGAAAAACUGAUUAGCCGGUGGCCCCUGCCAGAAUAUAGAAAGUCAAAGAGAGGUUCGAGCUUUUUGGCUGGUGAAAUGUCUUGGCUAAAUGGACUAGAUGGCCAAAAUGACAUGGGCCUGGUUUUUGCCACCAGUAUGCCAGACCACAGUAUUCAUUUGGUAUUGUGGAAAGAACAUGGCUGAAGAUGUGGCAGGAUAUUCAUGAGUCUGGGGCUGGAAGCAGUGUGUCCAUGAAAGAAGACUUUGCAUGAACCAAAGUUGCACACCUAAUGGUAUCAUCAUGCAAUGCACAAUCAUUUAUCUUUUGUUUUGUAGGGCAUUUGGGAGAGAUGGGCUUGUUUUGACAUAAUACAACAUAGCAUGCUAACAAUAUUUGCCAAUGAAUUUAAUCUGUACUUGGAUUUAAGCACACAUAUUUGGGUUUUCUUGACAAAGUAUAGAUUAUAAAAGUUUAAAUCACUCAGAUCAAUCAUUUAAGUCUAAAAUGAAAUGAUGUUUGAUCUGAAAGACUUCUAUCUUUUGCUGAAACAGAAGGUGAAGGUACUAUCUAGUUAUGAUAGGUUUUUAUACAUGUAACAUCAAGUGCUAAUCACAGUGCUAAAACCGCACCAGUACAUAGAAUAUUCAGUGCACAACUGCAUGGUUUACUCAACUAUCAGCCUGUUCAGGAACUUGGUUUCUCCUUAUUGUAGUUUUAAACUCUUAGCAACCUGAAGUCAAGGAAGUAGUAAAGUCCUUUUGCCACUAUCAGAAUAUUUCUUGGUGACAGCGAUAGCUUGUUUCCUUUUAAGUAAGGUGCUGUGUUAAUACGAUAUUCCCGUCCCUUGGCCAGACUGGGGCAAAUUCUUAGACAUAAGCAGCAUAAAUAACUGCAGGAUUUGAACUUGGAGAAUUUGUGGGUGAUUUUUUCACAGUUCACUGCUGGAGUGAAAUUGGCACAGAAAUACUCGGUCUUUUCCUGGACAGAAUAUACAGCACUAUAAAACCAACCUGCAAGUUUAAUGUGCCAUUGCAGAGUUAUUGAAUAAAUAUUUUGGACCAUGUGUUGGUCUUUCCUCAGGGACUGAAACAUGGAAUAUUUAUUUGCACAAAAUUCUCCAGCAGUUCAUCCAGCAUGGCUUUAUUAACAUUGCAUAACUGUUUUCUAGAGUUCGAGUGUCUGAGCACAGUUUAAUCCAUACAUUUAGGGAAAAUAUUAAGCGAAAGGAACUUAAGACCUAGGCAGCAGGCUUUAGGCUCAUGCGUUGUGCAUCAAAUGACAUCUAAGGGCUGUCUACCAUCCAACGUAAUACGUGUGCUAAUGAGUACAGAAGUACCUGUUAAAUCUGGAUUGGAGAAAGAGGAUGAAAAUUGUGACGUUAAUACACCCUGUUUUCAUAAAAGUUCAGGAGUUCUAAACAUAAAAGAAUAGAACUAAAAAUUCAUUGUACUCUUCUCUGACCAGUUUUACUAGGCCUGACCACUGUAGAAGGCGAAGAUCUUUAGUAAAUAUUUUUAAUAGUAGGUAUUCAAAUAUUAUGCUGAAUCUGACUUUUAUAUUUAAAAGCUGUAUCCAUCAUAACCUGACUCCUAUGCUUUAGAACUGCAUUUCUACAUUUUGAAAAUAAAAUUUCCCCUCCAUGUCUAUUUUUACACUACUUCGAAAUAUAAGGCUCCUUGAAGA